AGAGCUCAAAUAACCGGAGUCCUGGAAAUGCGCCGAUGAGGACUGAUUUAUGACCGCACUUGGUUCGCUUUCCCCGGGCUAUCUCUCUAUAAACCUCGGUGUUUAAUUAGGGCUGAGGAAUACAAUGUCAUAUUUUAAAGGAAUUAACGCAGGAGUGGUUGUUCCAAAUACGUCUUCUAUUUGUACCUCCUGAUUCAAAGGCUAGAUCGUCAGGAGUCUAGGUGGUGGUGGUGGUGUCCAUGGGACCCGUCAUGCCUCCCAGUAAGAAGCCUGAGGCGUCUGGCAUCAGCGUGGCCAGCGCCAGCCUCUCCCACCUCUACCAGGCCAGCUCGCUGCAGGAGGCAGAGGAACUCGACCUGGCCUUCCCCGCCCCCUUGGCCCUCCCCUUAGCACCCCUCACCGACGGAGCCGCCAAGCCUGAGAAAGGCACCUCCACCCCAGGUAUGGAGGAUGAGGAGUUGACCAACCUCAACUGGCUCCAUGAGAGCAAGAACCUGCUCAACAGCUUCGGAGACCCUGUCCUGCGCAGCGUCAGCCCCGUGGGGGGCGAAGGGGGUGUGGCCGGUAACCGCGGCGACGGGGACCACGACAACAUGCCGCCAUCGCCGAUAGCGGGCGGGGACCUGCCGUACGACGCCGAUCGGAACCCCAACUGUAAGCCUCCCUAUUCCUUCAGCUGCCUGAUCUUCAUGGCCAUUGAGGACGCUCCGUCCAAGAGGCUGCCGGUGAAGGAGAUAUACACCUGGAUCCUAGAACACUUCUCCUACUUUACCAAUGCUCCCACAGGCUGGAAGAACUCUGUCAGGCACAACCUGUCCCUCAAUAAGUGCUUCAAGAAGGUUGACAAGGACAGGAGCCAGAGCAUUGGGAAGGGGUCCUUAUGGUGUAUAGAUCCUGAGUACAGGCAGAAUUUGAUUCAGGCUUUGAAAAAGACACCUUACCACCCUCACGCCCAGGUCUUCUCAACGCCACCCACCUCUCCUCAGGCAUAUCAGAGCAUGUCCAGUCCUCCUCUAUGGCCAGGGAGUCCCUUCUUCAGAAGAAAUGGAGGAGUCCUCCUACAAGUCCCCCAGGGAGUGAUCCAGAACGGAGCCAGAAUGAUGAGUCAUGGGCUGUACACGGGAAUACGACCACUACCCAUCAAUCCCAUAGGGAUCAGAAUAGCUGAUGACAGGUCAGUGCUGUCCGGAGGCUGUCGGAAGCGUAGCGACAGCAAUCCCCCCUGUGACUCCCCAUUGGUCAGCAGCGACCCCAAGGAGGACCACACCUACAGCACCAACCAAUCGGAUGACUGCAGCGACUACACCAGCGACUCCAGUCUCCGCCCCAUUGCCCGUGACGUCGCCAACGAUUCAGACUUUGACUACGAGGACGACGAAGACGACAAGAGCAAGAUCCAGCUGGAGAUCAAGAAGGAGGAGCCGCGCGAUUGGCCUAUAGACACGUUAGACUCCACCCCUUCCAGCCAGCAGCACAACAAGAAGUGGCAUCACUUCCUGAAAGCCAAGCAGCGGAUGGGCGUGGCUAGCGACACCCUCCCGCUAAAAAAACGGCGCGCAGAAAAGCCGCCAGAGAGUGAUGACGAGGAGAUGAAGGAGGCGGCGGGUUCGCUGCUCCACUUGGCUGGCGUCCGGGCCUGCUUGAACAAUAUCACCAACAGAACCGCCAAGGGCCAGAAAGAACAGAAAGAACCCACAAAAAACUGACCACAGAAAGACAGAGAGACAGAGAGAGAGACAGAGAGAGAGAGACAGAGAGAGAGAGAGAGAGAGAGACAGAGAGAGACAGAGAGAGAGAGAGAGACAGAGAGAGAGAGACAGAGAGAGAGAGAGAGAGAGAGAGAGAGACAGAGAGAGAGAGGGAAAGAAAUACAAAACAUCACUUUUAAUAUAGAAAUGUACACUUUUUUCCAGGACAUCAGGUGAAUUCUGAAAGAUUUGUGGCAAUAUCAAAAACAAUCACUUUGUUUUCCUAUCUUUAAAGUUAAUGUUUUUUAAGGUUGCAAAAAAUAUGUUUUUUUUUAUUUGUUUUGUUUGUUCUUUAUUUGUUUAAAGGAUAUUAAAGCCAUAGACAAAACUUUUUCUGAUAUUCAGCUAAGUUAGCAGGUUUCUGUUGGCUGAAAAUAACACGAAUGAUAAACAAAAAUGACCUUUUUGGAAAACUGCCCCAUCCAUGGAUCGGCUUGGUUGUAUGAAUAGAGUAGGGGAUCAAAUUGUUACACUUUUCAAAAUGUACCCAGUCCCAAACUAUUACCCUUUACAGGCUCAUCAGACGCAGCUAACACUACAUAAUACAUUUCAGCAGGAUCAUACACUUGUUAUUUCUGUGGAAUUUCCUGGUAUAAAGUUCUUAUGGGGUGCUUAUCACUGACUAUUUUCUUUUUACAGUAAUAUAGGUCAUUAAAAUGUAAUAAAGUACGUAUUCAGGGUCAGAUCUUAACUUGAGAUAGAUUGAUGUCUAAGGCCUGCAUAUUCCUGUUAGGAUGUGACCAUAUACCUCAAUAUGUCACAAUAAAUAAGCACAAAUACACAUGCUAUCCUGGCUAAAGCAAUGUUAUAUUAGUCAACUAGUUCACUGAAGUAAUACAGGUAUAUGCUGAAGUAAUACAGGUAUAUGCUGAAGUAAUACAGGUAUAUGCUGAAGUAAUACAGGUAUAUGCUGAAGUAAUACAGGUAUAUGCUGAAGUAAUACAGGUAUAAGCUGAAGUAAUACAGGUAUAUGCUGAAGUAAUACAGGUAUAUGCUGAAGUAAUACAUGUAUAUCCCCUUUGUUUGGCAUCAGACUUUCGAAAACAAUGGUGCUAAUAUGUCGGCUAUUUAAAAAUAUAUAUUUAAAACCUAGUUUGGCAAACUCUGUCUUGUCUGUGUGCGAAGCAGCUUCCCCAGAUAUUUCUUUGACAUUAAAUGAUGUGAUGCUGUUAGCUUAGUGACCAUUAGUGACCAUUAGCCUAGCUAAUAUACUCAUCAGUUAUCCUAGCCUAACUAAGCCCAUAGAAAAGACACUCGGUAGCCAGUUUUUGUAUGUCGUUCCUUUGUCGUGUCAGUAUUGAAACAGUGCCAUAUAGGUAUUGGUCAGCCCACUGAUGAUGGUAGCACUUCCUUAGCUAGCUGUCUUUCUGACUGCUAAUCACAUUUAGCCACUGGCCCUAGCUAGCAUGCCAAGGCAGAGGGGAUAGUGUUGUUUUCCCCUUAAAGGUUGACUGUAGGACUGUAGUGAGGUGAAGUUCGCUGGUACAAGUGGGAUGAAGCAAGGGUUUUGUUUUGUUCCUGACGUGGUCUUCUCUAAAAGUAAGCUAAUUGUGUUUGGUAAAAGCCAUCGGCUAAUAGUCUGGCUCGCGUUUAUCAGAGAGGAAAAUAACUGAAAACAUGUUGAGAGAACCUCAAAAUUGCCUGUGUCCUUUUAUGAAAGCAAUGGACAAGAAUAACUGGAGUUUUACUCCAGUGAUAUAGUGAAAUUCUCCCCGUGGCACAACCACCUGAACACCUUGAUGUGUUGUAUGAGAAAUUAUGCUGUGAAACCUGACACACAUGAUUUCCUGUGAGAAGAACAGUCAUAGGACUGUGGAGCUGUUUAUUUUAGUGUUUGUUUGUGUUUAUUAACCUACCCUCAUGACGUAAUAAAGCAAUUUCAUCCAGUCAGGAUAACACUGUAUAAAAAGUUAAACUAGAGUUAGUUUUUUUUUUUUAAGUUUAAGCAAUGUAGCCAGCAUGAUUUUUUUUCUUAUCCAAAUCGUGUUGUAUGGGUUCUGUAAAGAAAAAGAUAAAAACAUGUUUAUAUUCAGACAAAGAUCAUGUUUGGUAAAUAAUGUAUUUAGCAUGAAGCAUGAAUUAUUUUCAUAUAAGUAUCCUAGCGAGCUAAAAGGUUCUGCCU